GUUCCAACGCGUUCACUUCCGUCUGGCUGGUAGUGACCCGGAAGUUUAAGCGUCUAUAUGCACGAAGUGUCGGUUGGUCCUUGUCCUUCCGAAGAGCAUUCCGGAAAUGAAACCCUGUGUACUAGGAAGUGAUUAGAGUGAGCGAGGCGCUGCGUGUCAGGGAGGCUUGGGCGGGUUGGCUUCCGAGUGCCAGGGGAGUUUACAAGUCAGCCGGCUGCUGAGCGAGUGAAGAGCCUGAGCAGUGGACAUUGAAGUAAGGAUAUCACAGGUCUUCGGUGAAAGUCUUGGAUUGUAUUUUCAUUGAUUAUGGAAAAAAUGAAUACCCUUAAAAGUUCGGAAAACAAAGGCAUCCUUACUUCGACCCCAAUCCGAGGAGCAGGAGAUGGAAUGGAAACGGAGGAGCCCCCUAAGUCUGUUGAAGUCACCCACGGAGUCCAACCCAUAAAUCAACAUGUCCUUCCAAGUCCACGGAAGAAAGUCUCCUCAGACAGCCCGGGUGUUCUUCAGCUGGGGAAGAUUCUUAAUGAAAGAACAGUGGAAGUUGAAGCUGUCAGAAUAUUUGUUCCCAAAGCUGCUAUCACUCACGACAUCCCCACCAAGAACACAAAGGUUAAGUCCCUAGGACAUCACAGAGAAGAACUCCACAGUCAGGCAGAAGUGGUCACAGACCCAAGGAAGGAGCUCUCAGAGGUAAAGAAGGUUUUGGAAAAGCUCAAGAAUUCUGAAAGGAGGCUACUUCAGGACAAAGAAGGCCUUUCCAAUCAGCUCCGAGUACAGACAGAGAUAAAUCGUGAGUUAAAGAAGUUACUCGUGGCUUCUGUUGGGGAUGACCCGCAGUAUCACUUUGAACGUCUAGCCCGGGAGAAGAACCAGCUCAUCUUAGAAAAUGAAGCACUAGGUCGGAACACAGCCCAGCUUUCUGAACAACUGGAACGGAUGUCAAUACAGUGCGAUGUCUGGAGAAGUAAAUUCCUUGCAAGCAGGGUAAUGGCAGAUGAGUUAACAAACUUCAGAGUAGUUUUACAGCGUCAGAACCGAGAUGCCCAGAGCGCUCUCCAGGAUCUCCUGAGUGAACGAGAGCAGUUUCGUCAGGAAAUGAUCUCUACCCAAAAAUUUUUGGAAGAACUCUUGGUCUCCUUACAGUGGGGGAGAGAGCAGACAUACUCCCCUAACACACAGCCCCAUAGCACGGCAGACUUAGCACUCACGAACCAUGGACUGGCACAAGCAAUACAUGCCCAUCUGUUGGGGAAUGUUGGCAUUAGCCAUCAAAAGAAGAUUCCAGCAACAGUCGAAUUCUGCAGUACCCCAGCUGAGAAAAUGGCUGAAAAGGUUCUGCGGAUUUUGGAUCCAGUUGCCUGUACAGAGAGCUCUCCGGACAACCAAUUUGCUGAAUCUUCACCAACCACAUUACUCACUACAAAGAAAAAUAUUGGACGUUUCCAUCCCUAUACCAGAUAUGAAAAUAUAACUUUCAAUUGCUGCAAUCACUGCCAGGGGGAGCUCAUUGCUCUUUAGUGUGUAGUCUGUUGGAGCCAUGCUUAGUACCAGAGUCAUUAUCUGGGAGCCCGGAUUAGUAAGUUGCUAGAAAUAAAAUCAAUUCCUCAUUAUAUAAUACAUACCCAUGAAGCUAUAUCAUGUACUGGAUUCCAGAUUAUUUUUUAACAAAUAUCUCAGGGUGAGAAAGUGAAGCUUUGUAGAUAAUAUUUAAAGAACAGAAUACUUCCCAGUACAUAGUAUUUAUGCUAAAAAACUAAAAAGAUUUUAUAAUUUUCUUUUAGACCCUAUAUUAUUAUUCUGUUAUAUAUUUAUAUAAACUAUAAGCAGGUUUCAUUUUGGUGCAUAAAACAAAACCAGGCAAACUCCAACCAUGCAUUGUAAAGGGGUGUGGCCAUAUCCAUCCUUUACCACUGUCUCGGCUGCUUUACUGUAGGGCAGCAGAGUCAGUGUGUGGCUAGCAAAGUCCAUCCCUUUAUAGAGCAAGUCUGGUAGAAUAGCUGGGGUACAGGUUUGCAGUCCCUUUAUGGUCACAUUGUGGGUAUACAAGAGGCCUUCAGAAACACUGGGGUAAGGGGUUAAUCUUUCCAAACAUAUAUUAGGAAAACAAAAGAGUAUUUUAGAGCUACAACAAAUACUUCAAUAAGUGUUCCAUGCUGUUUAGUUUUGGUGAGGUGUUCUUUCUUUGCACGGUUGCAGUUUGACAAAGGAAACAAAUUCAUAAGCACCAACUCAUAUUGGUGUUGAGAACAACAGGAGAAGCUAGCUUGCUAAUAUAAUGAUGGAAAGGGAUCUUUAGGAGAAAAUCCACAAUUCACAUAUGUUAUUAAAUAUAUUGUAUAAUUUAUCAUAAGGUGCUCAUUUAUUUGUCUUUAAAUAUUCACAAAAAUCUGUUAUCAAAAAAAUAUACCAAAUUUUACAAAUUAGUUGGAGCAGUGCCUAUCAGAAAUCUUCAAAAGGCAAAUCUGGUGAAAUCAGUGUAUGUCAGGGUCAAACCUGCUAUUUUUGUCUGACUCAUCUGAGCCAUUUUUAUGGUUUUAAAUGGCAAUAAAGGUCCUAUUUCUUUGUGGUUA